CAUUUCUUCACCUACACCUACAAACUGCCCCUCACUCAAACCACAUUCUCCCACGCCUCUGUUCAUCUAAUACAAUCAGUGCUGAGCUGAUAUUCUCAUUAAUACCAGUCUAUUCGCAUCGUGAUCUUCGUCCUGAUCAUUCUCAGCAGUCAUGAUCUCCCAUGUUCUCCUGCUGGUUCUCGUCGGCCUCCAGUCCUUCACUACGGCCCAGAAUGCGAUCGGAUCGGAAGCAUGCUGUUUCACAUUUGCCAAGUUUCCAAUUCCUGUCAAAUUCAUUAAGGACUACCGUGAAACAAGGACCGACUGCACAUACCCUGGAGUGAUUUUAUUCUUCUACAAUGCUCGCAGGGUGUGCGCCAACCCCAGCUCGGACUGGGUGAAACAAACAAUGAAAAAAAUCGACCGCCGCCUGUCUGAAAACUCAACUCAUAACGUGACUGUGUAGUUUUUCGUCUGUUUGUUUGAUUCUAAAUAAUGCAACUUUCAAACUAUCUUUGCUUUGCACAAAAGAUAUUAAUAUACAUUCUCGGAUCGUAAACAUUUGCUCAAAUGCUUGAUUUCUGCAUUAAAUUACUUCUUUAAAAUUCA